CAAAGUUCAGGAUAUAUGCGCGCCUUUCCUCAGCGUGGGUGAAGAUCACUUUCCAGGGGUUGCGAUCAGGCAGAUCUUCCUCCUUGAGCCGAAAUUUUAGGGCUGAAAUAUUGAAACUGCUUCCUUGAUACUAGUAGAGCUCAAUAUUGAAACUAAUUUCUUGAUACUAGAAUGCUGACUCUUUCUUGAAAACACAGACCGACAGACAGGAAGAAAGCAUUUGCAUUUUGGGAAUUAAUUUUUUCGAAGGAAAGGACAAAAAUGUACAUGUGGGAAUCUUUCUUACGCACUAAAAAUUCUCAUACAUUCAAACGUUUUUCUAGAAGUAGCAGCAGUCGAAUUAGCUUGAUAGUUAUUGUUAUCCCUUCAUCUCUUUUCCUGUCAAUCUGAUUGAUUCGUAUCAAAGAACAUCAUAUGGUAGGAUCAGUAAAUCGUAGACUGGAUGAUUAUGGAUGGAAGAUUUUCAUUUCCGAUAUUUUCGAACUAACUAUCAGCAGUAUUAUUACUCGAAUGAAUCAGUAGCACUGUUAGCAUUAGCAUCCAUGUAAGCACAAUAUUUUUCGUAAUCAAAAUGAAUGAAGUUGAAAAAAUGACGUCGCAUUGUAAAAAUUGUUCUCACGGACCGCGAGGACGAUCACGCUUAUCGUCGUCAAUCGCAGUGAUCACGCGUCGAAGUGCUUACAACAACUUACAAAGACAGUUGCUUGUGGCAUUUUGGCUGUCCUUUCAUGCGGUCUCCUGUGCUUCCCUGAGUCUUCGCGUCAAGAGUUUCCAUGUUGUAGCAGAUGCGGGCGAGGCGGCUUCUACAGUAAUAUCAAGUGUGGGCGGUCGAGGUGAAGCUGGUGCGGCUCGAGCAGUCGGAGACCUAGAUUUCCCCAAGGGAACUGCGGCUUCAUCGGGUAAAGCAAGUUCGCUUCCAGCAGACGGUGGACCGGAGGGAGUCGGAGCCAGCAGUGCAGGAACUACAAAAAGCAGGUUCGGUCGCUUCGCAUGGAUCACGGGUUCCCUGUCUAGUGCCUCUAGCUCAUCGUCUUCCUGCUCCGCGGCACAGCUUAGGAGAGGUCCCGCUACGCUUCGUGAUAUUAAGGGUUUCAUCCACAUCGCAUCCUGCACGAACAUCCCGGAAUCUUUUCCCAGUAAGAAAGAAAUCAGGGUUGUUCUGAAGAAUGCAAUGUCGCAGCCUCUAAUAAGAAGCUUUCUGCGCCCCGUCAGUUCCUCUGCCCUGCAAAGAAGUCACCUGCGGGAGGAAGCGAGGCUGUAGAAGACGAAGAAGAAGAGGUCUUAGCCACGCGACUGGAGGAAGUGUUGGGCUAUUCCUCGUCAAAGAGACGAGGAAAACUCCCUCUAGCACGGAACGACUCACGCAAGGGGACUUCUGUGGGGAGUAGAGGGGGUUGUGGUCCCCAGCCUGAAGAUUCUCAAUCCUCCAGCAACGAGUCUUCACCUGGGAGUAGUGAAGAGGAAGAUGUAGGUGCUGAGAGUGCGACGUCCGAAGUUAUGGGGCUACAAGAGCAUUUCUAACAGGUUUCAAUAAUAGAAUCAAUACAUACUCAUUCUAAGAUGUUCAAUAAUAUUGUUCCGAGGUUAGCAUUCAAAACCUAGCCUAACCUUGUUUAUGAUGCUUUCCUCCAAAUACAAUUUUAGGACACUGCCCCUCAUUCUUGGCAUCUAAAUCUCAUACUCAUUCUAAUGUACUUAGCCUAGACAUUCUAUUUUAUCCAGUCUAUUCUAUUCUCUUCUAUCUCCUUCGGAGUCGGAGACUUCUAUCCUAUUUUAUCCCCAUUUUAUCCCACUGUUCUAAAAAUCAUGACGUUCGGAAAACGGCUCUGCCCCAACAGUCCUGCGCCGUGGAGAGCAGCCUGCGCCAGGGAGGCAGCUCUUGCCGCGUUGAGAGCAGCCUGCGACAAAUACUUCGCAACUCGACGAGAAGAACUGAGCAGAACAAGACUGAGGAGAACAAGACUCAGAAGAAGUUGUUGGUUUCACUGUAG